UUGUGGCAUGGCUUGCGAGGCUCCGGGAUCCAAGGCGGUCUUCGUCGAUCCAAGAUUCUCAGCGGGCAAGGAAGGGAUUUCGCGAAGAUUUCGAGUGGAAUCGAGGCCUCUGCGGCGGAAUGGGAGAAGAGGAUCGCAUUUGCGAUCCUCUUUUUCCUUGGCGCAGCGUCGCACGGCACUGAAUGAUAGGUUUAGCUCUGUGGCGAGGCGAUUUGAGCCCGCAUUGUCGAAAAUCCUGCGUUGGAUCGAGGGAUCGCGCCGUGAGGAUGAGCUUUCCGUGAGGUACGAUCCAGAUGCCAUUUCUUCGUAUUUCCAAGCGCGGCCAUUUAGAGUGAUUGCGAGAGUUUUAGCCGUAGCGUCCGAGUGCUCCUUGUUUAUCUUAAGCAUUGUGCUUGACAAGACUUUAGAUAAGUCGAGAGAGAACGAGAGGCGUCGCGCUGCCGAAUUCUUGCUGCUCAUCACUAAGCUCGGGCCGACUGCUAUCAAGAUUGGCCAAGCUUUGAGCAUUCGACCCGACAUGGUAUCCACUGCUUACUUGGAGCAGCUCCAAAAGCUUCAAGACAAAGUGUCUCCAUUCUCGAACGAGUUGGCUACGCAAAUGAUCGAAAAGAAUAUUGGAAACGAUGUUUUCUACGACAUCUCAUCGGAGCCAAUUGCUGCGGGCUCUUUGGGCCAGGUGUAUAAAGCUCGACUGAAAAGUAAUGGCGACGUCGUUGCUGUCAAAGUACAGAGGCCCGGAGUGCUCCAAGUCAUCGCUUGCGAUCUAUUUAUUUUGCGACUAGUCGCAGGCACUUUACAGCGCAUGUUAAAGUCUCACUCGGACUUUGUCGAUCUUCUGGACACCUGGGCUUUGCGGUUUUUUGACGAGCUUGACUAUUUCAAAGAGGCCAAUAAUGCGCAAAGAUUUAUAAAGAGCAUGUCUCCAGUUCCGAUGGUUGUGAUCCCCAAAGUUUAUAUGGAGUAUACAUCUGGUCAGGUUCUCACGACAAAAUGGAUUGAUGGAGAGAAGUUAUCGGAAAUCAGAGAAGCGAAUGCAUUGUCUCUGGUAAAUACUGCUCUGACUUGCUAUUUGUUUCAACUUCUCGAGAGUGGUUUCCUUCAUGCGGAUCCUCAUCCCGGAAACCUUCUGCGGACCGAGGAUGGACGCCUUUGUAUCUUAGACUAUGGAUUAAUGACAGAGGUUACAGAAGAACGGCAGUUAGCAAUGAUUGAAUACCUGGCACAUGUAGGAAACUCCGAUUACGUUGGUGUAGCCGAAGAUCUUGUGAAGCUGGGUUUCUUGCCAGAUCAAACUGAUCCUAGAAUGACUACUACAAUAGUACCAGAAGUUACUCGAAUUUUUACGGAGCUACUCCGUGGUGGCGGCGCACGAAAGGUUAACAUGCAAGAGAUAUCCAAUGGCAUCGCAAAAAUCUCCAAAGAUUAUCCUUUAGUUGUUCCAUCGUACUUUUCACUGAUCAUUCGCGCAUUCUCGCUGUUGGAAGGGAUUGGCCUUGAGUUUGAUCCAGACUACACUAUCACAAAGGAGUGUUAUCCAUAUGUCGCGAAGCGUCUAGUCACCGAUGACAGCUCUCGAAUGCGAAAAGUUCUCAAGUACUUUUUGUACUCCGAGAACAAUCAGCUCAAUGUGACAAGACUGGAGUAUAUAUUUACCAGCUUUCAGGACUUUCAGAAGCUCAUGUCUCUUGAGCAACACAGCAAUGAUUUUCCAGACGAUUUUGCCAAGCAAUCAGUGUCUCUGCUACUUGAUCCUAAAUGAAGCUUUAUUCAAGAGCUUGCGCUGGCUGAGUUCGUGCGUUUGGUUGAUGCUUUGUCUCGAACUGCUCAUCUCCAAGUUUGGCAGUUUUUCUCUUCUGUUUUAGGACUUCCCAUUCCAGGUUUCAUUAUUGGUGCCAUACACUUGUCUCAAGAAGAUAAAAAGUCUAUAGAGACACUUCAGCGACUGUGGCCUUGGCUGCAACCUUACUUGUUCUCGGACAAAUCUGGUGCAGCAUUGAUCGAUCUUGCUCGUCAAAUCAUUGGCGUGGCACCAGACAUGUAUCGCCACAGCUUUAUUCUGUCUCAGAAGUUCGUUAUCAUGCUUCUACAAAGGCAGGCUCUCCGCUACGCUGACGAACUUACAGGGAAAAGCCUUGGAGUGGCCGAGUGGGACAAGGAUCCUGCAGCAUUGGUUCGCAAGCUUCCAUGGACAUAAAUCUGUCUAACAGGCACCACAUUAUGGCGAUUAACAGUUUGUGCCGACAUCUGGCUCUUCCGGAGUUAGAAGCUCGGUCCUUAGUUAACACUCUCAGCAAAUUGGAUGCAGACUGCUAAACAAAGUUCGUCUAGCCGGGAAGAUAUGUGUAACAAGAGUUCGACGGCACGCUUCCGGCUUUCACAACGAAUCAGUUUAUUCCAGACAGACGGUGACGGCGCAGAUGCGACUUAUUGGAGCAAAUGACACCUUCUCUCGACAAUCCAUGCGCAAAGGCAGGACUUGUUGGGAACGCAACUGCGCGGCUAAUGUAGACGUUCAU